GAGGUGGCUCGCUCUCUGGUUCCCGUUGCUUCCUACGGUGGAGGCAAGCGUACCGCGAAUUCUGAGGAAGCACCUCCGACGAGCAGCAAAAAAGCGCGACAUGAAAACACGCCGGGGCGCGCAAAUAAUCUACAGACACACUCAUAUCUAUAUACAAAACAUCUCACCGGGUCGACGUGUACCGGCAACAAACGACACCUUCGACACAAACACAGCACUGUCGCUGGACUCGUGAGCGCCGAAAUGAGCACCAUCGGCCUGCGACGGCGCUAUUGCCACCGACCGCGGGACAUCCGGCCGAGUAGCGAUCGGAAACCCGUCUCAUGGCAGGGCCUGGCCCGCCGAGUAGGCGGAGGACCGCGGGCCAGCUGGCGGAGGAGCGAUCGCGAACCCGAACAGCGAUCGCAAACCCGGCUAGCGGUCGCGGGCGCAGCUAGAGGCAGGGCCUGGCCCGCCGAGCAGGCGGAGGACCGCGGGCCAGCUGGCGGAGGAGCGAUCGCGAGCCCGAGCAGCGGUCGCAAACCCGGCUAG